AUGGCUCAAAUCAAAGGAUUAAGCGCGUAUGACCGCCCUCCUGAUGCUGUCCGACUUCGCUACAAGGAAUAUUCCAAAAUUGCCUUGUCGGAAGUUGACGAUGACGCAGGCAUCCUCGACCUGCAACGGCUCGACCGUGACCAAUUACCACACGGAGUGACGAUUUCGCAGUCCAUGUCAAGCCAAGACUUGCGGCUAGCAUUUGACGAUUUCAUUCGUGGGGGGCAUUCCACGGCGGACGAGCAUGCCCCCCUUGCCGAAGAUAUCCCGGUCUAUGCUCACAACUCAAUAUCCGGCCUUCUGAUGAUACCUGCAUUGUUCCCGCCUACUGUCCAAGUUGAAUUACUGUCACGCCUGUUCCACCGAGACCUGCCCCGCCCCGAGCAUCAGACAAAUCUACACUUACAUUACGACGUAACAUACCCCGAAGAAGCAGAAGACACACAGCAGCCGAAGUCGUUUUUUGAAGAUGAUCCCACCCGAACCUUUGAACCCAAGGAUCCCGAGGUGCAUAAACCGGUAUCCGUCCAGAAUCUCUUGGAGAAGAAACUACGCUGGGUGACGCUAGGAGGGCAAUACGACUGGACAGCGAAAGAAUACCCGUCAGGGCCUCCCCCCGAAUUCCCGCCGGACAUUGCCAAACUUCUUCAUGCGGCGUUCCCCGAAACUACCGCGGAGGCUGCCAUUUUGAACCUAUACUCGGCAGGCGAUACGCUGAGUGUGCACCGUGACGUGAGCGAAGACUGCGACGUUGGUCUGAUCAGUGUGAGCUUUGGGUGUGACGGGUUGUUCUUGGUCAGCCAUGAUGAUGGGAACGGGUGCGAGAUCAUCCGGCUUCGGUCAGGCGACACGGUGUACAUGAACGGUCCGUCGCGCUUCGCCUGGCAUGGGGUUCCCAAAAUCCUGCCCUCGACAUGUCCGGCGUGGCUGGCUGACUGGCCUUUGUCUGGGGAGUCGGUUCCCGGGAUGCCGCCCUCUCCGUAUGAAAUGUGGAAGGGGUGGAUGUCCCAGAAGAGAAUCAACCUGAACGUUAGACAGAUGGUAGGCUCUAAGGUUGGAAAGGAGACUGCGUAA